AUGCGUCUCCUACUCUCUGUUCUGCUCGUCCUGGUCGCCUCGGUGGGUGUUGGUCUGGUUUCCGCCGUCCCCGCAGGCUCUAGUAUCACUCCUCCGCCGCCCAUUGAACCCAUCCACUUGCUCUCGGCGCCAUCUCCGUCACAGGACUCCCGACGACCAUGGACUCGGCUACGGGACUGGGUCAUUGAGUCUAUCUGGGGGAUCUCUAAAUCAUGCUCUCACCCACACUCCUCCUCUCACAGCUCCUCGCGAGACCGUCCUCCCUCGCAAGCCCUGGCUCGGUACGGCAGCGAUGUCGUCCUUCGCUUCUAUCCAGGCAGUGCUCAGGACGCAGAGGCAUUGGCAGAAGCGAGCGAGAUUCUCUUCCUGGACGUGUGGGCUUCGACGCCCGAGUUUGUGGAUAUCCGUUUAGCCGAGGAAGUGAUCUCCUCGCUACUGGGCCUCUUGCCCGACUCGCUGCGCACCGCCUAUACGCCGCUGAUUGAUGACCUGGCCGAAAUGAUCCAUGCGUCGUAUCCGACUCGACGCUCCGCUGGAGUGGGGGAUCAAUCCGGGUUCAUGCCGACGGUGCGGCAGUCCGCUCAAUUGGGCGACCUCUUCUUCCGCGACUACCAGCCCCUCUCCGUCAUUGUGCCCUGGAUGCGGCUGAUGGCAUCGAUGUUCUCGUCGCACGUGGAGAAAAUCAGUGUCGGGGUGUCGUACGAAGGCCGCGAGAUUCCCGCGCUCCGCCUCGGGGUGCGCGAGGCGGACCCCGAGCCGGCGCGCCCGCGCAAAACCAUCCUAAUUGUCGGUGGUAGCCACGCGCGCGAAUGGAUCAGCACGUCGACCGUCACCUACGUCGCGUACCAGCUGAUCGCGCGGUACGGCAAGUCGCCCGAGGUCACGCGCCUGCUGGAGGACUACGACUGGGUGCUGGUGCCGACGCUGAACCCGGACGGCUACGCCUACACGUGGGAGUCGGACCGGCUGUGGCGCAAGAACCGGCAGCCGACGAGCCUGCGCUUCUGUCCGGGCAUCGACCUGGACCGCGCCUGGGCCUUCGAGUGGGACGGCGAGCGCACGCGCACCAACCCAUGCUCGGAGACGUACGCGGGUGAUGCGCCCUUCGACGGCACCGAGGCCCAGCAGCUGGCGCAGUGGGCGCUCGCCCAGACCCAGUCCGCCAACGCCACCAUCGUCGGCUUCCUCGACCUCCACGCCUACUCACAGCAGAUCCUCUACCCGUACUCGUACUCGUGCUCUGCCGUGCCGCCCACGCUCGAGAGCCUCGAGGAGCUCGCCAUGGGCCUCGCCAAGGUCAUCCGCCUGACCACCCACGAGGUCUACGACGUCACCUCCGCCUGCGAGGGCAUCACCGUGUCCAAGUCCACGCCACACGUGCAAACCAACCCCGGCAGCUCCGGUGGCAGCGCCCUCGACUGGUUCUAUCACCAGCUGCACACCAACUACGCCUACCAGAUCAAGCUGCGCGACCGCGGCAGCUACGGUUUCCUGCUGCCCGCGGAGUACAUCGUGCCCACCGGCCGCGAAAUCUACAACGUCGUCCUGACGUUCGGGAAAUUCCUGCUGGGCGAUGCGGCGGCGCAUCUGGACCACCUGGACUGGGAGGCGGCGAUGGCGACGGAGCCGGAGGGGGUGGUAGAGGCGCAGCAGACUCUUCAUCAACCGGAGGGGGGAGAGGUAGCUGCGGCCGCCGAUCAAACGGAAGACGAGAACGAGAACGAGGACGAGGACGAGGAGUGGGACGAGCAUGGGUGGGAGUUCCGGCGGUGA